AGAAGGUUCUCGAGCGUCUGCAUCAUCAGAUUCGUCCUCAUCAGAAGUGAGUCUUGCUCGGUCAUCGUCUUCUUGUUGAUCCUAAAAACUCAGGAGGCAGAUAGUAUCAUCAAAUGGCUAUGAGAUAUACUGUGAGUCGAAUCAGACUGAAUCGUUUCAUGGAAGGUUAUAGGAGAAGUGCUCCUCGCUACUUCAGCGAUGACAAAGGCAGGGUUCUGAGCGAGGAAGAACGAGCUGCUGAGAACGUUUACAUCCAGAAAAUGGAGAGAGAGAGGAUGGAGAAACUGAAGCGUAAGGCGGAGAAGGAAAAGGCAGCUGCAGAGAAAGAGAAAGCCGAGAAGAAGGCUGAAGAAGGUACCCACAAGGGCUGACAUGGUCAAUCUUUGCUUACUGGUGAACUCUUCUUGGAGGCAGCUAUGAGGAAUAAAUGUAUAUAACUUACAUAAACUCUUGAUGAGACUUGGCUUUUGUAAGGAGUUGGAUGCUACUGGUUUUGUCUCAUAAGCAGUAAUGAUCUUAACUGUUAACAGGUGCUGUCCUUCGAGCCUUUACCUUAAUUACCUUGUUCUGUUUUUCAUUAUAUUUUUGCAUUUGUGAUUGGUGAA